GAGUAUUUUUAUUCCAAUUGCAAAAAAAUACGACAAAAAGGACGGCAGAGCACGCACAUCGAGGUGUCAUUCCGAGAAAAGCGCCCAUCGUGCAACUUCGUCGAGGCCGAAGAUGGUUGUACUCGGAAACCUGCUCACAGGGAUCAUCGGCACCGUCGGGGGCUUCUCCCUUGCGCUUGCCGGGUGGUCGCCGUUGUCCCUUGGAUCCCGUCCCCUCUUUUACUUUACGCAGUGCCUUUCGUCGUUUGCCAUGCUGUAUAUGAUUGUCUAUGCAACGAUCGAAUUCGCAUCCCCGUCGACCCAUGAAAUGUGGAGAAUCAUUGUUGCCGCCUGCGUCGGUGGUGCCGCCUCCAUCAUCGCUGCCUUCCUCACGUCCCUCGGGUGUAUUGUUCUGGUUGUCGUAACGGGUCUCAUUGCUGGACCUUGGUUGCUCACGCUUGACACCGUCGCGGCGAAGCUCUUCGUGAACGAAUCAUCGUUCGCCAAGCAAGAGUUUGUCGUCGGGUUUGCCCUCUUGUUUACCCUCCUCUUCUUGAGCUCCUCCAAGACCUCGGACAUCGAGUGUCACCGUUUCAAGUACAUUUUAUUCAGUGCAAUCACCGGCGGGUUCAUCUUUUCGGAUGGUCUCUUCCGCAUCGCCUUUGAUCCUACCCCCUCUCCGUCCAAAGCCGCUUUCGGCAUCAUGGGGUUCAAGAGUGCCGUCGGUGACGUGCUGGCAAACUUUUCCUCUGGUAUCCGCAGUGGCGACCAAUUGGUGAUGUUGGCCAUCUGGGGUGGUGUGAUGGUUGUGGGUCUCCUGAACCAACUGUGCAUGCGGUGGGGCCUUGUGUGCUACAACAAGGUCGGCGCGCAUGUCGGCAUGACGUCGAUCCACGAAGAAACCAUGGAGCUUCCUAGCGGCGCUGCCGCUUCGGCCCCGUUCAUGCACGAACGCACACGUCUCGUGUGCGAAAACUGCUUUGCCACCGUCCCAGCCGGAACUGCAUUCUGCACUGAAUGCGGUGAAGCCAUGCCUGGUGACGACCACGUUCCCAGUGUGUCUGUCUCUCAAGCCCAUCCCCCUUCUGUUGCGAUGGGCACUGACGGCCAAACCCCUGCGAGCUGGCAGCAAAUUCCUAACCGUGCGUACCUCUCGACGACAUCGUUUGUCGACCCCAAGAAGAUGACGGAACACACGACGGAAGGCCGGUCGAUCCGCUUCAUGGACCAAGGCGACAAGCCGUACGCGUCGAGCAUUGGUGGUCGUCCCAACCACUACGAACCAUCUUUCCGAUCGUUCGCCAUGAGCACGUACUCGAUUGCGAACCGUGCAGCCGAACCCGUGGACACGCCCAACAUCCGCAAGUACAAGAUGUCUGGCGGGGGUGCCUUUCACUUGACGUACUUCCUGUCGGCCAUCACGGGCGUCGUGUGGCUUGUGUUUUUGAUCACGUUUUACCCUCGUGAGACUCCCUGCAGCAUCACACAGCCGUCGUUGCCUUGCUCGUUGAUUGAAGAAAGCAUCAAGACAGCUCACAAGUGCUACACAACGUUGGAUCCGAACGGCAAGGACCAAGUCACGAACGAGUUCUACUGCAUCAGGCCGACCCCCGCCGGCGUUUGGUUUUGCUACAUCAUUUUCGUUGGAUCCGAGUACCUCAACUUUUUCCUCGGUCUGCUCUUCAACUUCUCCAUGUGGCGCCCCAUCCGUCGUGGUGCCCGCUACCUCAACGACUUCAAGCCUCCGCUUCCAAAGGAACAGUGGCCAACGGUGGACGUGUUUUUGUGCCAUUAUUCCGAACCUGUCGUGGAUACGAUGGCGACGAUGAAGAACAUUUUGGCGAUGCAGUAUCCUCCGGAACUCCUCCAUGUGUGGGUGUGUGAUGACGGGUACACCAAGUCUGUUUGGGAUGCCAACAACCACUUCAAGGUGACGGUGAACACGAAGAACAUUGAAUUCUGCGGCGACUUGCGCGGCGACUUGGCGCGCAUGAUGCAUGAACGCGUGGUUGGCCCUGUCCAAGACGACGCGUCGUUGAAAGCGUGGCGCCGCCAGCACUCUAGUGUCCGCGAGUUGCGCAAGGAUGGCAGCAAGGGUAUCCAGCGCCGCGAUUGCGCUGUCGGAUCGCUGAGCGACGACUACGAUUACCGGGACCGUGGCCUGCCGCGUGUGACGUUUGUUGGUCGCAUGAAGCCGGAAACUGCCCAUGCCAAGGCCGGUAACAUCAACAACAUUCUGUUCAACGAAGGCGCGGACGGCAAGUACAUUUUGAUUCUCGAUAACGACAUGAAGCCCCACCCCAAGUUUCUCUUGGCGGUGCUGCCGUUCUUCUUCUCGGAAGGCGAAGCGGUUGACGGCGGCGGGCGUCAGUACUCGGACGACAUUUCGUGGAACCAAGUGGCGUAUGUGCAAACGCCGCAGUACUUUGAGGACACGCCGCAACUGACGGAAAUGGGCGAUCCGUGCGGGCACAAGAACACGAUCUUUUUCGACGCCGUGCAGUGCGGUCGUGAUGGGUUUGAUUCGGCAGCUUUUGCCGGGACCAACGCGGUCUUUCGUCGGCAAGCGUUUGACUCGAUUGGCGGCAUCCAGUACGGGACCCAAACCGAAGAUGCGUACACGGGCAACAUCCUGCACACUGCCGGGUGGGACUCGGUGUACUUCCGCAAGGACUUUGAAGGCGACGCCAAGGACCGCAUCCGUUUGUGUGAAGGUGCUGUGCCUGAUACGGUGGCUGCCUCGUUGGGUCAGCGCAAGCGUUGGGCGAUGGGUGCCGUUCAAAUUUUGCUCAUGAAGGGCCAUUCGGAAGUCGAUCCGGACUGGCGCCCGCCGCGCGUGCCGACUCCGGACCCGAAGCCGAGCUUGCAAUUUCCUCGCAAGUUGUUCUUCUACGAUUCGGUGUUCUAUCCGUUUGGGUCGAUUCCUGCGCUGUGCUACGUCUUUAUCGCUAUCUACUACCUCAACACGGGAUCGGCGCCCAUUUUCACGCCCGGCAACCAAAUGUUGUACACGUUUUUGCCGCUCAUGCUUUGUCGUUGGAUGCUCAACUUGCUCGCGAACCGCAGUGUCGACUCAAACGACGUGUGGCGCGCUCAGCAGACGUGGUUUUCGUACUCGUUCAUCACGGCGUUGGCUAUUGGAGAGGCUUUUCGUUGGCGCUUGACGGGUGUCAUUUCCGCGUGGGCGAACACGGGUGCCGGGCAAAAAACGUCGUGGACGGAAAUCCCCAACGUCCUCAUGUACUUCACGCUGGUUGUGAGCCAGUGCGUGGGUCUGAGCCGCUUUUUUGCGUACGAAAACGCGACCGCGCCGUGGAAUUACAUCUCGGCCAUGUUUUUUGGGUUCUGGAUUAUGAGCAACUUGUACCCGAUGGCCAAGAUGAGUAUCACCGAGUACGCUGGGUGGGACCACACACGCGCGACGUUUACCGCCAACGUGUUUGGGUCGCUCAUUCUCGUGGCAGUCGUUGUCUUCGUCCAAGUGUGGCAAUCGUCGUACAUGAUCAACCAGUACACGGCGCAAGGGAUCAUUGCGACCACGUCAACGUCGACGGGCAGUGCGGCAACCGGCAAUUAAAGUUAUCGCGUAGUUUUGCUUAAAAUAUCACACAUCUGUAUACCACAAGAA